AGGACAAAAGAAAGAACCGUUAUAGUCUCUGUCAUUACAGUUUUCUGCACUUCUGCAGUCUUUCAGAUCUCUCUGUGUUGGUGUUUAGCGGGUGUUUGAUCACCCUCAUCGCUGUCUGUCGGGAGAGUGUGGUUCAGAAACAACAGCAAUAUUCAUCAAAAUCAGAUUUUGCUCUAAUCUUCGACAGCAUGAAGAACAAUUUCAAAUUGUUUCAGAUUUUUCUACUUCUGUGCGGAGUGUUUGGUGCUGAAACAGAUGAAGAGAAGACCGUGAUGGAGGGAGAUUCAGUCACUCUAAUCCCUGAUCUUACUCAAAUACAGGGAAUUAUUCAGAUGAAGUGGAGAGAUUCACGUUCAGUCAUUGCUCAAAAUGAGGAAAAUGAGAUUUCAUAUCCCAGUCUCACUGAAAUGUCCAAAGACAGACUGAAGCUGGAUCAGACUGGAUCUCUGACAAUCACAAACAUGAGAACUAAACACUCUGGACUUUAUAAACUAGAGAUCAACCACGACCAUGGGACCUCACGUUUGAAUUUCAUCGUCACUAUCUAUGAGUCUCCAGCUGUUAUUGAUGCUUUUAAAGGUGAAAUGAAGAGUGUAUCAGAGACGGAGGGAGAAUCUGUCACUCUUCAGACUGAUACUGAAACACACGGAGAUGAGCUGAUAGUGUGGAGGUUUGGAGAUGAAGGAAAACUCAUAGCUAAACAUGAUCUAGAGGCCAAGAGUCCACCAUUAUAUGAUCCUGAUGAGAGAUUCAGAGACAGACUGAAGCUGGAUCAUCAGACCGGAUCUCUGACCAUCACAAACACCAGAUUAUCAGACUCUGGAGUUUAUACAGUGAAGAUCAGCAGCAGCAAACACACUUUAAACAAGAGAUUCACUGUCACUGUCAGCCAAGGCUGUUGUGGCUUUACUGAAGCUGUGAUCCGAUUGGCUCUCUCUGCUCUGGUGGGCGUGGCUACUGUGGCUGUUCUGGUUUAUGACAUCAGAUCCUGCAGUCUUCAGCAGAAGAAGAGCGUGCAGAAAUAACCAUCAAAAUUAGGUUUGUUGAUAUCAAGACUAGGAUCAGGCUGUGAUCACAUCAAAUAAUGUGUUGUUUCUAUGUUCAGUCACUAGUAGGCGCUACAGCUGGAUCUGCAGGAGAGACUCAGUGAGAGAGUCAUGUUGAUCCAUCAGAAUUCAGUCGUCUCAUUUAUGGCAAAACAACACAAGUACAGAUGAUGUUUAGAGUGGUUCUCAACCUGUGCCCGUCACAAAUGCACAUGCUGCCAAUGAUAUGCUGACCACACUUAAACAUUACAGUUUCACUAUUUUUUAUUUAAAUUAAAAUGGAUUAAAUUAAUAUAAGUUUGAACUAUAAUGUGUUUUUGCCAUAUAAAAUCAUUUUGGUGAUCAUAUAUUAUUUUCAGACAUGGUUUAAACA